CUUGCGGAGGUGCGGGCCAUCCCCGCUGCGCACACUCGCAGUCCACAGGCCGAGUGUGAGGCGGCGGAGGUCACGGCGCGGAGGCGGGGCGGGGGGCAGCAUGGCAGCCUCCUUGGGGUUCCGGGGAACAGCCUCCGGCCUCUGGUACUGGAGCGGCCGGCGGCGGCCCGUGGGCAGCCUUGCAGCGGGUAAGGACCUCGCUCCCCAUCUGCGCGCCUUCCUCUGGCCAUCCGAAGAGGGCUUUUCGCCUGAAGGGCUGCGUGUGUUCUAGGUCAAUGGCUUCUAAGACUCCAGUUGGAUUCAUUGGACUCGGAAACAUGGGCAAUCCAAUGGCAAAAAAUCUCAUAAAACAUGGCUAUCCACUCAUUGUCUAUGAUGUGUUCCCUGAUGUAUGCAAAGAGUUUAAAGAGGCUGGUGAACAGGUGGCGUCCUCCCCAGCAGACGUAGCUGAAAAGGCCGACAGGAUCAUUACAAUGCUGCCCUCCAGUAUGAAUUCCGUAGAAGUUUACUCUGGAGCAAACGGGAUUCUAAAAAAAGUGAAGAAAGGCUCCUUAUUGAUAGAUUCCAGUACUAUUGAUCCUUCAGUUUCAAAAGAAUUGGCAAAAGAAGUUGAGACAAUGGGAGCUGUUUUCAUGGAUGCCCCUGUUUCCGGUGGUGUAGGAGCUGCUCGGUCUGGAAACCUUACAUUCAUGGUGGGAGGAGUUGAAGAUGAAUUUGCUGCUGCCCAAGAGUUGCUGGGGUGCAUGGGCUCCAAUGUGGUCUACUGUGGGGCUGUUGGCACCGGGCAGUCUGCAAAGAUCUGCAACAACAUGCUGUUGGCUAUAAGUAUGAUUGGAACCGCUGAAGCUAUGAACCUCGGAAUCAGGUCAGGUCUUGACCCAAAACUGUUGGCUAAAAUCCUGAAUAUGAGUUCAGGACGAUGCUGGUCCAGCGACACUUACAACCCUGUCCCUGGGGUUAUGGCUGGAGUCCCCUCAUCUAAUAACUACCAAGGUGGAUUUGGAACAACACUCAUGGCUAAGGAUCUGGGAUUGGCUCAAGACACUGCUACCAGCACCAAGACCCCAAUUCUCCUAGGAAGCCUAGCCCAUCAGAUAUACAGGAUGAUGUGUUCAAAGGGCUACUCAAAGAAAGACUUCUCAUCAGUGUUCCAGUAUCUACGGGAGGAGGAGACCUUCUGACUGUGCCCUGUGAACAUGGACACUGUUAGGAACCAGACUCUGUCAUGAGCUUCCUUCUAGCUCAUUCUAGAAGUAACGGCUUUAAUCAAAGGUCGUCCGUCUGCUUUUGAUUGUCUACAUUACAGCAAUCCCUGGGAAUUUGUAGCCACUUUAAAUGCUGCUGCUUUCAUCUGUUUAGCAAACACACCCAGUGGUUUCCACUAACCAGCCCAGUUGACCUUUUUAAAACCUUUGAGCACCUUCAACAAAAUUGAUCACUCUGAUCAGGAUAUUUUAUUUACUCCACUUUGCAAAUAAAACCAAAUGUUUUGUCAACAAGAUGGAACCCAUGGUAAAAAGGAAAGAAAUUGGUUACAAAGACAAAUUAGAGAGAAAUUUGUUCUGUUAACUACAUGCUAUUAUUCCUUCAUGCUGGGUUACUGACUAACUGUCCAGGGGUUGGGGGGUAAGACAGCUUGUUGACACUUGUCUUCCUGUUUGGAUUGUUACAGUAUCUUAGUGUACCCGCCUGUUACAGCUUCCACACUCAGCCAGCUUGCUUCUGUAUUUUUGCUUCCUGUAUAUUCUUGCUACAUGUUUUUGACUCCAGAAAAAUGAUACCUUUAAGACUGUUUCAGAGCCAAUGAUGAUAUUUCCUUUAGAUAAUUAUUACAUUAUUCUAACUAUAGUCAUAUUAUUUUGGAUUUAAAUAAAUUUCUAUCCUGAUAACA